AUGACAAAAAUCCCCCGCGACGCUAUUCGUGUUGGACACCCAUCAUGGACCGCUUCGAGGCCUGACCUUGAAGCAUCACCAGCUUACCGCCGGUCGCCGUCCUUGCCCCCGGUCGCCGUCUCCGUCACCGGCUCGCCACCCUCGCCCCCGGUCGUCGGUCGCCGUCCUCAUCGCCGGCUUGCCGCCCUCGCCCCCGGUCGCCGGUCGCCGUCCUUGUCGCCGCCCAGUCGCCGUCCUCACCCCCGGUCGCCGGUCGCCAUCCUUGUCACCGCCCAGUCGCCGUCCUCGCCCCCAGUCGCCGUCCUCGUCACCACCGGUCAUUCGGCGGGCCCCCCGGUGAGCCAGAUUAAGCUGCGUCGCCUGUGCAACGACACGCUAGUCACCGUGGUCAACGGCCAACUCCCCGGUCCAGCAAUUGAGGUCACGGAAGGAGAUUCACUGGUUGUUCAUGUCAUCAACAAGUCGCCCUCUGGGUUAACUAUUCAUUGGCACGGAGUGAAGCAGCAGCUGAAUUGCUGGGCUGAUGGAGCAGGGAUGAUAACGCAAUGCCCAAUCCAACCAAACAAGAAUUUCACGUAUCGAUUCAACGUCAAGGGCCAGGAGGGCACGUUGUGGUGGCAUGCUCACGUCGGCUGCCUCCGUGCAACCAUUCAUGGUGCACUGCUCAUCCGGCCAAGAUCCGGGCCCAAUUCUUACCCAUUUCCUAGACCUAACAAAGAGAUCCCCAUCGUUAUAGGUGAAUGGUUGGGAAUGGAUCCUAUUGAGUUGGAAACGAGAAUUCAGAGAAGUAUUUUAAGUGAUGAGCCCCUUUCAGCUACAAUCAAUGGAAAGCUUGGGGACGCCAAUAACUGUUCAGGGGUCAUCGAAGACAACUACAUUCUAAAUGUCGAGCAGGGCAAGACAUAUCUCUUACGGAUAGUAAACGCUGCGCUCCACUCAGAGUACUACGUGAAAAUCGCUGGGCAUACCUUCACAGUGGUCGCCGCUGAUGCCAAUUAUGUGAAACCAUACAACACAGAUACAAUUGCAAUCGCGCCAGGUGAGACGGUGGACGGUCUGCUAGUUGCCGACGCAUCACCUGGCAGGUACUACAUUGUGGCCAACAGCAAGUCAAUGAAAGUGAAAACAAGAGGGAUUGUGCACUACAAUCCAAGCAAAAGAUAUGAUGAUACUCCGGUAAUGGCGCCUGACAUGCCCGGUAAAAAUGACGCAGUCGCAUCCUUCUACUUCCAUGGCAACUUGACCAGUCUGCCUCACCCGCUUGCGCACCCGGUGCCAGCAAACGGCGACGAGCAACUAUUCAUGGCCAUUGACACGACACACAUGUGCAGAGAAGGUGGAUCAGUCUGUGGUUUGGUGUCCCGUAUGAACAACAUCUCGUUCCAGCUUCCCUCCAGGACACCAUUGCUCAAAGCACACUACUACCACAAUGUGAGCAGCAGCGUAAGCACGCUGCAAGAGUUCCCAAGCAGCAUACCACCUGGGUUAGUGUACGACGAGGGCCAGACGUCGAAGGCGACGUCCGUGAGGAGGCUGCGGUACAACACCACAGUGGAGAUUGUGUUCCGGUGUCCUCCGGUGAUGUACAGCUACUCUAACCCUAUGCACCUCCACGGACACGACUUCUUUGUUCUCGCACAGGGGCAUGGGAAAUACGACGCGCAAAAGGAUGUGCAGACAUACAAUUUGGUGGAUCCACCCGUGAGGAACACAAUCCUUGUCCCGGUAGUGGGGUGGACUGCUAUCCGAUUCGUGGCAAGUAAUCCUGGGGUGUGGUUCUUGCAUUGCCAUUAUGAAAAGCACGCAUCAUCAGGCAUGGCAAUGGCAUUCAUGGUGGAGAACGGGCCGACAUUGGACUCGACUCUUCCACCACCUCCAAGCGAUUAUCCAAGCUGUGAUGACCAAAACAGUGGUCUGGCAUUUGACUAA